GUUCAGUGCUGAAAAUACAUUUAAAGCAAUCAAAUACAAUGUAUUAAAAAGUAAUGUGAUCUUGAUACGCUAAUUGAGACACUAUCCCAAUAUAGUUAAAGUAUAACUUUCUCUGAAGGACAAUAGAGAGAAAAAGUUUAGAGAAUACCUUGACCUCUCGUUAUUUCAUUACUCAUUGUAGUUAUCUAGUGAGGCACACGUCAGUUGUUCGUCGAUCACGAACAACGAAGGUCGCUUUUCCCUUAGAAAUGAUCGCGCUAAAGUGUUUAGUGUCUGUGAUAAUAUUCAGUUCAGUCGACGGAUUCGCGUUACCGUUUGAAGGAUUAUACGAAUUGGAUAUUAUACAUUACAACGAUUUCCACGCAAGGUAUGAAGAAACGUCAGUGGACACGCCGACAUGUCACUUCAACAACGGAUCAUGCUUGGGCGGCUUCCCGCGGUUGUACAGCGAAAUUAUGGAGCUGAGGAAAGAAAAGCCGAAAUCCUUGCUGCUGAAUGCCGGCGACAGCUUCCAGGGAACUUACUGGUAUACAUUACUUAAGUGGAAUAUCACUCAGGAGUUCAUGAAUUUGUUGCCCCAUGAUGCACAUGCAAUUGGUAAUCACGAGUUUGACGAUGGUCCUGAAGGCCUCGCGCCGUACUUAAGAGCGCUCAAAGCACCGGUCCUCGCCGCCAAUAUGGACGUCAGUCAGGAGCCCUCGCUACAGAAUUUGUUCAGACCGCACAUUAUUGUGAAGCGUGGAGGAAGAAAGAUUGGCAUUAUCGGAUUGAUUACUACCGACACACAGAAAUUGUCAUCCCCUGGCAAGGUCGUGUUCACGGACCCAUUGGAGGCGACAGAACGCGAAGCGAACUUGUUGACAGAAAAGGGGAUCGAUAUAAUCAUUGUAUUGUCACAUUGUGGACUUGAAGUUGAUAAACAAAUCGCACGUGAACACGGCAAGCACGUUGAUAUUAUAGUGGGUGGACAUUCCCACUCCUUACUCUGGAACGGUCCAGCGCCCAGCGGGGAAAAAGUUGAGGAUUCUUACCCUGUAUUCAUAGAAACUAGCAAGGAAAAGAACCAUCAAGUUCUGAUAGUGCAAGCGUCAGCAUUCACGAAAUACAUGGGCAAUUUGACCGUUUACUUCGACUAUCUGGGCCGAUACGUGAAAUGGGAAGGCGGGCCAAUAUUCCUUGACCGUUCUAUACCUGAAGAUGCAAAGAUAAAGAAGAAAUUGGAACCUUAUGCGAAGCUAGUCCAUGAAGCAGAGAAUGUUCUAGUAGGGGAGGCAGUGAGGACGUUAAGUGCAGACGACUGUGUGUUUGGGGAAUGUGCGCUUGGUGAUCUACUGGUUGACGCAAUGACAGACUAUGCCAGGGCAAAUGUAAAAAGUGAUUACGAGCAUCUGUCGUUCAUUCAGCGAGGAAACAUCAAAGCAUCAAUUUUAAGUGGAAAUAUUACAAAGGGAACCAUCUUUGACAUACUGCCGUUCAAUGACCGCGUGGUAUCAUUCGAGCUGUCGGGGCGGGACGUGCGCGCGGCGCUGGAGCGCAGCGUCAGCGAGGCGUGGGACUUAACGCCCUUCAAAGGUCCAUGGCUAUUACAAGUGUCAGGUCUUAAUGUAACAUACAAUAUAUCGCUACCUGAAGGUCAUCGUAUUGUGUCUGCGAGUUCUAAAUCUCCAUUGGAGGAUGACAAAUAUUACCAAGUGACAGCGCCUACUUACUUAGCCGAUGGUGGGGAUGGUUUCACGAUGUUCAAGACUGGAAAGAAGAAUGUUAAAAUAAUUGGUCGCGAUGAGAAAAUCUUAGAACUUUAUAUAAAUAAAAAUUCUCCUAUAGAUGUAAGGACAGACGGAAGAAUCGAGAUUCUACAGUGAUACAUAGUUAAAGUUUUAGAACAAAUAUCAUAGAAAUAAUUGUAUAAGUUAUGUUUAUAUAAAUUAUUUGUUAAUAAGAAACAAUUACUUUAAUUAUUUAAAAAGACAGUAAUAAUAUAUUUUUAAUUUAUUCGUUUUGGUACUAAAAACCAUAGAAUACAGAAUUAUUCUGUUUAAUCUAUAUUCUUAUACUCUGUACAAUACUUGAUUUAAAAAUACGCCAAAGUAGAGGUUAUUUGUAAUAAAACUCAAUCCUCAUUAUUAUUACCAAAUUUAAUAUACUAAUUUGAGACAAAAAAAAGCAUAAAGAGGCUAAAAGUUAAGUAAAUCGUUCACUAACUAUGCGUAGGUGAUGUUAACUAUUAUUUUAUAUUUAAUAAUUAUUUAUGUAAUAAAAGUAUUGUUUUUAAUUA